CUGUUGGCUCUGGCACUACGGCUGGUGUUGUCGCCUUCGUCGGUCGGUCGGUCAGUCAGUCUGUGAACAGCCUAUCUACGAGCAGCACGCAAAAGCGGCGUUCUUCCGUCAAUCGAGGUCGCGUGUCAAUUCAAAUAUACAACUUGAUACAAGAGAGCAGUGGCAGUGGACUGCAACAACAAUUAACUAGAAUAUUAAACGACUGUGUGGACAGUGUAAGUGCCCUGAACAUUUUACGAAGAGUAUCUUAUCAGUGGUCAAGAGGUGUCCUAGCGAAGCAGUGACAAAGGAUAACAAACAGAAGAGACAAUCUUGCACCGGUCGAAGACUGGGAAAUCACCCCUUCGAAUUGGAAACGUGACACGGGGAAGAACCAGGACUGUGUCGAGUGUGUGCAGCUAGUGAAAGUGAAAACUAUCAUCCGGAAGCCUCCGGUGGAAACAUCUCAAUCAGGCAAAAUAUUGAAUAGCUCUCCCCGAAAAUAGAGUGAAUGGUCUACGACCGAAGUAGAGUGUGAGCGAUAAAUACAGCCCCAAAUCCUAGGUGCCGAGGCACACGCAUCAGCAAGUGUGUGAACGUGCGCCAAGCGUGAAUUGGAAGUAGUGAGUGGAGACAGAGAGCGAGCGCGGAAAACGCAAGGAAAAGUGAAGCAGUACCAGUAGCAGCAGCCGGAGCAGCGAAUCUUGUGUCUUAAAACGGUUAAUAAGAAACAGCUAACGGCAAGGUCGUAUCUCGCCACACAGUGUUGCUUCGCGCGGUGGCGGUGAGAAGAAACGAAACGAAGCGGAGAAACACGCGCAAAAGUGAAGGAAAGACGAAAAAUUGCCGUUCAGAAACCAGAGAGGAGAGCCGAAGAAGUGUGAAGGAAACGACAACGAAAAAGACUAGCCCCUCCUGCGUUCCCUUCCAUCGAAUGGUGAUUGAGAAACUAUAAUAGGCAUUUGAAGACAGCGAAAAAAAAUUGUACGAAAAAGUGCGAGUGAAUGAAUUUGGAACGCGAUCUAAAAACUGCACUGUGAGGUCGGUCAUCAGCGGCUCAUCGAGUCCUGACCUGGUGUCGUGUGGAUAUUCCGGAUUGACCCGCAAUAGAAAAAGAACACAAGACCAGUGAAAUUCAUCGGACAGAGAGACUGUGAUUUUACAAAAGAGAAACUAUUUACGAGUACAGUGCACGCACAGAAGUAAUCGAAAGUGAACGAGCAUUGUCAGUGGGAGUUUAUGAAAAAGAGAAGCGAAUCAAGCGUGCAUAGACCCAUUCCUUAAUCUGAGAGUGUGAAUGUGCAAAUAGACAGAAAUAUUUGGCUGGCGAUUUUUUUUUCGGUCGAUCGAAUUGUGAAACAUAAGAAGACAAAUAAAACAUAAUAUAGAAGAGACUGUGCUAGUAUUGGACGGUCGGAGAAGCAAAACCAAGCCAUGACCCUACCGUGCAAUAACACCUCCAACGUUGCUGAGGAUGAUUCGGAUAUGUUUGGACCACCACACACCUCUCCGCCAAUCCGUCGCAAUCGGCCAAAGGUACCAAUGAUCUCGGCCCAGUUGCGAAUGCGUGAGGUGCGCAAGCGGAUCCUGCAGCUGUGUGUCCACAAGCUCGAGCGUAUCAAGAACUCCGAGCGGAACCUGAGACGCUCGGUGUGCAUCAACAAUACGUACUCCCGGCUGACGGACGACAUCCGUCGGGAGAAGCAGCACAAGUAUCUGAUGUUGAAUCAACUGGCCAAAUCUGAUACUAAUGACAGCGACAGUGCAAAUAACAAUAACAUCAACAUCAACAACAGGAACAAUGAAAACAUGAACAGCAGCAAUCACCAGUUACGAGCAGAUGAGUUUUCCAACAAGAACAACAAUGACAGCAGCAGUAUUAAUGGCAACAAACCAAGUGCUACCGAAGAAAUCAAAACACCAAAACAGAAAUCGUCUUCGGUGGAGACUGACCUGGAAACACUAGACAGAGAAUUGUGCGCACUAGAUGCCGCGAUGCCUUUGGUGGACCCAGAAAUUACCCAAGGUGCCGAGCAGCUCGAACAAGCCAUGGUUUCGCGAAAGCGCAAGUAUUCCCAAAUGGACGACGAAGACAACGAUCGCCUGGUACGGGAAGCCUUAUCUCAGUUCUACCUACCAAGUAAUCGAUUACUUUCCGGAAUCGAUGACUGCCCGUCACACUUGCUGGGUAACAAUUCCUCGCCUUCCAUCGACGCCAAACGCACCAAAGUAGAUCUCCUGGAUAACAGCAUCCACCAUCAUCAUCAUCACCACCAUCACCAUCCCUUUCACUCCCUGCCGGACUUCAACGCAGCCCUCGAACUCUCGCACCAAAGUCAUCAACAUCAGAAGGAUUUUGAAGUCAUCAUGGACGCACUGAGGAUAGGAGCCGGAAACGCCAUGACCGGUGCGACCGCUAAUGGGUGCAACCUCGUCGGCAACAUCGACUCCUGUGGUCAGGCCGCAAUGAUGAUGAGCGGAGAGACCGGUAGCGUAUUCCACAACCUGGUGGUUACUUCGCUGGAAACUUGAAAGUAGGCCAGUGCCACUGCGCACAUCCCCUGUCAGUACCGUUCGCGCUGUCGCCGCUGCUGCUCGUUGGUAGAGUACGGCGAUAUGACACCUCUGUGGAAUCGAUAGGGAUCUGCAAUAUCCUCAAUAGUACUAAAGAUAAAACAAACCUCUCAAAGCGAAGCCUUCACCAAGGAACAUUUCGCAUUGAUCUUAACUUAUUUGGGCGUAUCGCUUUAUUAUUUAAAUACAAACGCAAUCCUUUCAGUAGCGCAUUAUCGGUAUAGGAAAAUAUUUAUAAACUUCAUUAAAUCACUACGAACGAAGAGAACGCGCAAGCUAAUCGCAGUCCAACGCACACUCACCCAGACACAAAAACAAAGUAGGCGACAUCGAUGCGAUGUGCAGCGCAACGCAGUAGUCGCUGAUAUUUUGCGUCGAUCGCUGUGGCAACACGCGUGCCACGCUAGACAAAAAAAGCAACAACAAAAACGAAGUGAAAGUGCAAGAAAAACUCACUGCUCGCUAUACUCAUCGUCGUGCACGGCUUGUUACUGCCCGAUGGUGAUGAUCAUGGAUGGUUUGGCAUAUGUUUUCUAAGCUCGGCAGCAAUGAACUAAAGAAACUUAAGUUAACUCCAUCACAACAGCAGCAAGCCAUGCACGGUUGAGUAAUCGUCGCAAACGAGCCUACGUUUUUGUUGUGUCCGCAUGUGUGUGUGCACGUGGAGGUGUCACUUGAACGUCACGCGUCAAAUUCAAACCAAGUCGUUGCCAAAAUUAACACGUUUUUAAUUUAUAAACAAAAAGCAAGCCAACAAGCAAAACUCGCAUAUUUUUCGAUUAGACUCUUGGAGAGUUCGCAAACAGCUCGCAAUCAAAGUGUUUGUUCUCUAUAACGUUGUUCUACAAACGAAUCGUUUCCAUGUUCCAACAAAUCGGAAAUAGUUUGGAUGAAUGCAACACUAAAAUCGAAUAGAAAGAGGAAAAAUUAUAGUAAACAAAAACUGUGAUAUUAGUCGUGUAAGGUGCAUAUAAACUAGAGCAAAAACAUUUGAAACAACAGAAUAGAUAAUAGGAACAGUUUGCAAUUUCAAAACAGAGGAAACUACUUGCAAUCAGUUCGAUACAGAGAGAGAGCCAGAUGCAUAAUAAAUUGAGAUUUUAUGUUUCUUCACAAACACUUAGAAGUUCGUAAGAGAAAUUUUCACUAUUCCAAACGUGGAGGCGAGCGCGAGUUCUCAAAGCGCAAUUCCGUUUUACCCUUUUUAAGUUGAAUCGUUGAAAUUGAAAUCAAAUUAAAAAUUUGUAGAAUUUCCAUUAUAAUGCCAAGUGAAUAAAGACCAAUAUUAGAACAAAAGAUAUGAAAGCAUUAAAAUGUUAGGUUUCAAACAUCCGCAGAAGACAUGCGCGUAAAUGUACGUAAAGACCAAAGCAAAAUUGUUAUAAAAUUAUGCUACAGAUCGAUCGAACAACAAUUUCAAAUAAACAAAACUACUGGAAGGCAUUAAACUCUCAUCCAAUGUAAAAGAUACACAAUGAUGGAAAAACAUGUCAAUAUGACAGACGUCAAUUGCUUUAAUUCUUUGUUUACCAAACUGAGUCAAAGUUGCCUUUGCUUUCGGAGCAGAACCAUUCUGAUAUGUUGUUGCGUGUAAGUUAACUUUUCUCUGCUAAAGUGUGAACAUUCCGAGGAUCAACAGCAACAAACAGAGAGCAGAAUUGCCCAGCAAAAAUUCAUCUCAGUCGCUAGCGGUACUUAAGACAAGAAAUGAUUCCAAUAAAACUUUGCCAAUUUUCUGGACCAAAAUGGCGCUGUGCAUUCGAAUGUCAAACGUCGACUCGGUGCGAUCGAUGAAUUAGAAACAACAACAGCAGUAAAGCGACAACCAUCAGACAAUGUAUAAAACAAAACCCAAAGUGCUUGAAUUUGUUAAAUUGAAAUUACCCUUUUUACCUGGUAAGAGAAAAACAAAACACACACAACUUAACUAUAAACAAACUAUAUUUGUAAGAAACGAGAUAAGCAUGAAGCAACACCUCCUCGUUGGAGCGUUGACGAAGAAAUCAAAGUUUACCAAGCCAUUUACGUUUCACUUCUAUUGCUAUUUGCCCUUAUUUUAUCAUGAUUAUUACCACUAUUUUUACGUUGUACAAAUUUCCGGAUUUGUUGACAAGAUUAUCCGCACCAAAAACUCUCUUCCAAAAAAAAACUAUUACAUUGUACAAUGAAACUCCUCUGGAAAACUUCCUUUCAAGGCUGUUGGUCGCAACGACAGCAGCAAGCAUAGCAAAAAAAAAUCGUUGUUUUAUUAUUUUAGUUCUAUUUGUUUUCCUCCCAUUAUGUCUAUUUGUUCUUUUUAAACUGAUUUUAGUUCAAUUUUUCCUCAUCUUCCUAUUAAUUUUAGUAGUUUUAACUGAAUUAAUUUAUGCAAAUUACAUUAUUAUACGAAUACGAUUGGUUAGUAGUGUUGAACAAACGCAAAUGCGAGCGAGCAUCCAGGGCGGACGUCGCAUCGGUUGCUUCGAUCUAAACUAAAUUUAUGAAAAAA